CUGGGCAGGAGGGCAGCGGGGAGGCGGGGCGCUGGGCGCGGCAGCUCAGUCCACACCAUGGCGUACCCCGGGCACCCUGGCGCCGGCGGCGGGUACUACCCAGGAGGGUAUGGAGGGGCUCCCGGAGGGCCUGCAUUUCCAGGACAAACUCAGGAUCCUCUCUACGGGUACUUUGCUGCUGUGGCUGGGCAGGAUGGGCAAAUAGAUGCGGAUGAACUGCAGAGAUGCCUGACGCAGUCGGGCAUUGCAGGAGGAUAUAAACCUUUUAACUUGGAGACUUGUCGGCUGAUGGUUUCAAUGCUGGAUAGAGAUAUGUCAGGCACAAUGGGUUUCAAUGAAUUUAAGGAGCUCUGGGCUGUACUGAAUGGCUGGAGACAGCACUUCAUCAGUUUUGACAGUGAUAGGAGUGGAACAGUGGAUCCUCAGGAAUUGCAGAAGGCACUGACUACAAUGGGAUUUAGGUUGAGUCCCCAGGCUGUGAAUUCAAUUGCAAAACGAUACAGCACCAAUGGAAAGAUCACUUUUGAUGACUACAUUGCCUGUUGUGUUAAACUGAGAGCUCUAACAGACAGCUUUCGAAGACGAGAUACUUCUCAGCAGGGUGUCGUGAAUUUCCCAUAUGAUGAUUUCAUUCAGUGUGUCAUGAGCGUUUAACCACAGAAGCUUGAUGAACUAAAUCGGCAUUCAAACUGGAAUUCUUCCCUGCUCUUGCUUUCUGCCUUCCACGAUGCAUAUAAACUCCAGUCACCACGCUUCUGUCAUGCUGUUGUAAAAACUUAUUACUUCAUAUACUGCUGACGUUUGAGUUUUAGUUUUGAUAAUAAAUUCUUUGGGAUUUUAAUAGUAUGAGAACUGUUACACCAUUCAGAGCUUCAUUGUGUCUUGCUAAGCCCCUUGUAUGUAAAUUGAAGUAUGCACAUUUCAGGCAUUCUGUAUUGUUCACUGGGGGAGAGAUACUAAAAUCAUGUCUUCAAUAGACUACAGGUGUCAUCUCCUCUCUUAGAAGGAUGUUUACGUGUUAUUGAAAGCUUUAUGUGUCAUGUAUUAUCAGCAAAUAAAUGAUUUAGACCACUUAAUGAAAAAGAAAAAAAAAGAAAAAGAAUAGAGUUGUCCAUGGUAAAUCAUAUCAGAAUACUCUGGAGUGGUUUUACAGCUUACAGCUCAUUUUUUGACAGUGUAAAUGGACAGAGAAUUAUAUUCUGCCUCUUAAAACCUGAUGAAUAAUUUGAGUGGUAAAUACAUUACUAAGUUCCUCUUGUCAUUAUUCAUUUUGGCCUUUAUGCCUUUAAAAAAAUCUUUUGUUUCAUUAUGAGUUUCAUUAUGUAAAAAAUAUUAAUUGAAAAAAUUAGAGGAUGACAGUACAGACAGUGGCUAUUUUUAGCCAAUGGAAUCCUAGGUAACUUUAAUUUCCUUGAGACAUUUCAGUAUUUUCCAAAUAUGUUUUCUUUCAUUUAAAAUCAGAAAUCAUUUUUUAAUAAUGAUAUUUCCAUUUUGAUAUGCCAGUGUGUUCACACUUAAAAAUAUCACUCAGUGAGCGGGAUUUGAGCACUACAUGUAUGAAGUGGGCCAUGAAUCUGAUACUUGAUCAGGGUUAAAACUUUCUACCCCUCACCAUCAAGACUACCUAACUGGGCUAAAUAUUUCAGGCAGUGGUCCCCAAGCACUGCGAGGCGUGCCAUCCAACUGGCAUAUUAGGCAUCCAACUGUGUAUUUUAGGGAGAGGUCUCCAAGUUCUGUUAAGCCUUUGAUCUCCCACAAAGCAUAAGGAGUGGAAAGAUAAUAUUUACCACUAGGAGUCAGAUGAUGAGAUUUUUUUUGCUUCCUUCCUACUAAUUUUCAAACAGUCCCUGAGAAGUAUCGUAUUUUUAAUGGUUAGCAAAAUAAUUUUUUAACCAUACCAUGAUUCUAGAUUCUAAUGCUGACCAUGCCUCUUUACUACAGAGGUAGCUUCACCAUUUUAGAUGAUCUCAGCCUGUUUCCCCAUAUUUAGAGAUAAUCGCCAUGGGGUAGUUGUGAAUGAUGGUUGUUGGCAUAAUAGACAUAAUAUUGGCUUUAGUGUAGCCCUAGAAUUUCCAAGUACCACUAGGUGUGGCCCUAGGGGUCCCUGGCCCCAAAAGGCCUGAGCAACAUCACAUUCUUAGAAUUUAACAUAGAAAUGUCUGGCCACUGGACCAAGAAAUAAUCUGAGUGGCCCAGGAUCCCUGAGCUCCACUUGGGGGAGCAUCACCAAAUAAAUUAAUAAAACUGGCCUGGUCUGCUGUUCUUUGCAAGGUAACACAUCAAACAAUAAAAUCAGUCUAUUUCUCUUUGACCAGGAGAAACUCUUAUAGUAUAACUUUCAGAUAUUAAUUAUAUAAAAAAUAAACAUUUUAUAAUUUCCUGUGA